UUCAGCAAAGCUGCACACAAGGGUAUUGUGGCAUUUACUUUUGAUGACCAGGCUGUGAGAAGUAUGGAACGGCAGCAAAAGGGAAUAUCCUCCCAUAGCAAAGGGGUGAUAAAUGAAUUUUUAGAGGGUCUGACAGGUCUAUUACAAUCGCCUAUUAAAGGGGCAGAGAGACAUGGCCUUCCAGGAGUCCUCUCAGGCAUAGCUGUUGGAGUGACGGGACUUGUGGCAAGACCAGCAGCCAGUAUCCUUGAUAUCACCGGCAAAACUGCACAAAGCAUCAGAAAUCGGAGCAAACUCCAUAAUCGGGGAUCUCAUCGCUUUAGGGUCCGAUUGCCAAGGCAUUUAACUAGAGAACUUCCUUUGCGGCCUUACUCUUGGGAAGAAGCAAUUGGAGUAUCUAUUCUUAGAGAGGCUGACGACCAUAUUAUGCUCAAAGACGAAAUGUUGGUAAUUUGUAAAGCUCUUAGGCAUGAUGGGAAGUUUGUUGUCCUCACUGAGCGGCUUAUAUUAAUUGUCUCCUGCUCCAGUAUAGUAAAUUAUGGGAAGCCCGAGUUUUAAGGAGUGCCUGCUAACCCAGAGUGGUUGGUAGAAACUGAAAUCGGGAUAGAUAGUGUAAUCCAUGCUGAUAACGACGAUGAUGAAGUACAUAUUAUGGGAAGUAGCUCUGAUGCAUUGCUAAGGCAGAAUCACAUUUCGCACAAAAGAAGCUGGGCAACUAGGGGAAAGAGAUGGAACAACAAUCCUCGAACUUCGCUUCCGCUUAUCCAANCGAACUUCGCUUCCGCUUUUCCAGACCAAUUUGGUUUUCGCAUCAAAUGACCAAGCAGAAGACUUUUUGGCAGUACUUCUAUCUACGAUUGACAAGGCUAAAGAGCGAGGUCGGAGCUCUGUUCAUCUGCUUCAUCAAAAUAAUAUCAGGAAAAUAUAGAACGAUGUAAAGGAUCCAAGUAUUUUGCCAUAUUUACAUUGUACAUUAUGUACAUAAUCUGCUUUGUCCAUUUUCUGUAUAUUUUUUGUUCAUUCCUUAAAGGCACACCCGUUAACCAGAUUUUUCAAA